UAAUUCCGCAGCGAUCUUUGUGUGCGAUGUUAAAAGAUGGUCAAACAACCGAAUAAGUCAGUCAGUCGUUGAUGGUCAACAGAACUUGAACGUGUGACGUCGAUUUUAAAUUUUAAUUCUUUGAUUGUUUAAUUGUUAAAGCAAUGAAGUCGCUUUUUGCGGUCGUGAUCAUCGCGGCGACGAUUUUCGUCGUUUCUGCGCGUCUGCCGCAUCCGUUAUCGGAUGAAUUCAUUGCGAAGAUCAACAGGCAAGCGACGACGUGGAAGGCCGGCCGGAAUUUCGCGCCGAAUGUUGAUAUGAAGUAUGUUACAAGGUUGAUGGGAGCUCUGCCUGAACCGAAAAAACUUGCCGAACAUGUUCAUGAAUUAGAAGGCGUAGAAAUCCCCGAAAACUUCGACGCCAGGGAACAAUGGCCUGAUUGUCCCACGAUUCAAGAAAUUAGGGAUCAAGGAUCAUGUGGUUCAUGCUGGGCUUUUGGUGCAGUUGAAGCAAUGUCCGACCGUGUCUGCAUCCAUUCCAAGGGUAACAUCCACUUCCGGUUCUCUGCUGAUGAUUUAGUCUCCUGUUGUUGGUUGUGUGGUGCGGGUUGCAACGGUGGAUUCCCCGGCGCUGCCUGGCACUACUGGGUGCGCAGUGGAUUGGUUUCCGGUGGGACCUAUGACUCGCAUCAAGGAUGCCGCCCUUAUGAGAUUCCUCCUUGUGAGCAUCACGUGAAUGGUUCACGUCCUGCUUGUAAUGGCGAUGAUAACAAAACACCGAAAUGCGUUAAGGAAUGUCAAGAUGGUUAUAAGGUGUCUUAUAAACAAGAUAGGCAUUUUGGUAAGAAGGCUUACUCGCUGAGGAGUGACCAGAAGCAGAUCCAGACCGAGAUUAUGACCAAUGGACCGGUAGAGGGCGCGUUUACUGUUUACGCGGAUUUGUUGCAAUAUAAAAGUGGUGUUUAUAAACAUGUCACUGGUGAAGCUCUUGGAGGACAUGCAAUUAGGAUUCUGGGAUGGGGUGUGGAAAAUGACACGCCGUACUGGCUCAUUGCUAAUUCGUGGAACUCUGAUUGGGGAGACAAUGGUUUCUUUAAGAUACUUCGUGGGGAAGAUCAUUGUGGCAUUGAAGGUGGCAUUACUGCUGGUCUACCUCAAGACCAAUAUUAAAUAUGAUAAAAAUCAUAUUUUAUUUUAUUCAUUUUAAUUGUAUGAAACAAGCUGCAAUAAAUUUUGUGUAAAAUUUA